CGGCCCGCCCGUUUCCCUUCGGGCUUUGCGGCAGCGGCGGGAACAUGGCGGCGGCGGGAGCCCUAGAACGGAGCUUCUUGGAGCUCAGUGGUGUUGAGCGAGAAAGGCUGAGACAGUUUCGGGAAUUCACAGUCUGCGGCCUCGGGACCUCGGCGGCCGCGCCGGGCGCGGUGAAAUACAGCGAGAGCGCGGGGGGCUUCCACUAUGCGGAGAGCGGCAAGCUGUUCGCCGUCGCGAGGAACAGGUUCAUUCACUGGAAGACCCGUGGGGAUACAGUGGAGCUGGUGGAGGAGUCACUGGACACCAACCUGCUGAACGACGCGGUUCGCCUCAGGUUCCAGAACUGCAGCAUCCUGCCCGGCGGGGUGCACGUGGCCGAGACCCCGACUCACGUGGUCAUCAUGAUUCUGACCAAUCAGACCGUGCACAGGCUGCUUCUGCUCCACCCUGCCCGGAUGUACAGAAGCGAGUUAGUAAUGGAAAGCCAGAUGCAGUCGAUCUUUACUGACAUUGGGAAGGUGGACUUCAGGGACCCCUGCAGCUACCAGCUGAUUCCAACAGUGCCUGGCCUGUCCCCUCACGCUGCCACUUCGGCCGCCUGGCUCGGCAGUGACGGGGAGGCUCUGUUCGCCCUCCCGUCUGCCGCUGGUGGCGUCUUCAUCCUCAAACUACCUCCUUAUGACAGACCCGGGACGGCGUCAGUCGUGGAGCUGAAGCAGAGCUCUGUGAUGCAGCGACUGCUCACAGGCUGGAUGCCGACAGCCAUCCGGGGCGAUCAGGGGCCGUCAAACCGCGCCCUCAGCCUUGCUGUCCACUGCGUUGAGCAUGAUGCCUUCCUGUUUGCCCUGUGUCAGGACCACAAGCUACGGAUGUGGUCAUGUAAGGACCAGAUGUGCCUGAUGGUCGCUGACAUGCUGGAGUACGUCCCUGUGAACAAAGACCUUCGGCUCAUGGCCGGGACUGGACACAGAUUGCGCCUUGCCUACUCCCCUUCCCUGGGCCUCUACCUCUGCGCCUACGUGCACGCUCCGCAGCGCGGACAGUUCUGCAUUUUCCAGCUGGUGAGCACCGAGAACAGCCGCUACAGUCUCGAUCACAUCGCCUCACUCUUCACUUCUCAGGAGACACUGGUUGACUUCGCCUUAACGCCCACGGACGUCUGGGCCCUGUGGCACGAUGCUGAGGACCAGACCGUGGUGAAAUACAUCAACUUCGAGCACAACGUGGCGGGCCAGUGGAAUCCGGUCUUCAUGCAGCCGCUGCCUGAGGAGGAGCUCCUCAUCAGAGAUGACCAGGACCCCAGGGAGAUCUAUUUGCGGAGUCUCUUCACGCCGGGCCGGUUCCUCAGCGGAGCGCUAUGCAGAGCCUUACAGAUUUUCUGCCGAGGAACCGAGAGGAAUUGGGAUCUUUCUUGGAGUGAACUAAAGAAAGAAGUCACGUUAGCUGUGGAGACCGAGCUCCACGGCAGCGUGACGGAGUACGAGUUCUCCCAGCAGGACUUCCGCAGCCUGCAGCAGGAGUUCUGGAGCAAGUUCUACGCCUGCUGCCUGCAGUACCAGGAGGCCCUGUCCCAGCCGCUCGCCCUGCUCCUGAACCCGCACACAAACGCGCUGUGCCUGCUGAAGAAGGGGUACCUCUCCUUCCUUCUGCCCACUUCCUUAGUGGAUCACUUGUAUCUCCUGCCGGAGGAGAACUUUUUGACAGAGGAUGAGACAGCCAUAUCUGACGACCUGGAGGUGGCCCGGGACGUCAUGUGUCUUAUGAAAUGCCUGCGGAUGAUUGGCGAGGCCGUGACCACGGACAUGUCUGUCCUGAUGGAAAUGAGCUGUUACAACCUGCAGUCUCCAGAGAAGGCUGCGGAACGGAUCCUGCAGGACAUGAUCAUUAUUGACGUAGAAAAUGUGAUGGAAGAUAUCUGUAGCAAGCUGCAGGAGAUGAGGAACCCGGCCCACGCCAUUGGACUUAUCAUACGGGAAAUGGAUUAUGAAACGGACGCAGAGAUGGAAGUGGGCUUCAAUCCAGCGCAGCCUCUGCACGUCCGGAUGAACCUCUCACAGCUGUACGGCAGUAGCGCGGCAGCCUGCGUCAUGUGCAGAGGCGUGCGCGCGGUCGCCAGCACCCGCUUCCUCAUCUGCCGCGACCUCCUGAUUCUCCAGCAGCUGCUGGCAAGGCUGGGAGACACGGGGCUCCUGGGACCCGGCCAGCUCUUCCAGGCUCAGCAGGAGGUGCUGCACCGGACGGCGCCGCUGCUGCUGUCCUACUACCUCAUCAAGUGGGCGAGUCAGUGCUUGGCAACAGACGUCCCAGUCGACGCGCUGGAGUCGAACCUGCAGCACUUGUCGGUGCUGGAGCUGACCGACUCGGGGGUGCCCGCGGCAAGUCCGCUCGUCUCCAGCCCGCAGACUAUCGUGGAGUUAUUCUUCCAAGAGGUUGCAAGAAAACACAUUAUCGCCCAUCUCUUCUCUCAGCCGAAGGCGCCGCCCAGCCAGACGGCCCUGAACUGGCCUGAAAUGGUCACUACGGUUACCAGUUAUUUACUGCAGUUUUUAUGGCCCAGCAAUCCCGGCUGUCUCUUCCUGGAGUGUCUGAUGGGAAACUGCCAGUACGUGCAGCUGCAGGACUACAUCCACCUGCUGCACCCCUGGUGUCAGGUCAACGUGGGCUCCUGCCGCUUCAUGCUGGGGCGCUGCUACCUCAUCACGGGCGAGGAGCACAAGGCUCUGCAGUGCUUCUGCGAGGCGGCGUCUGAAGUGGGCAAGGAGGAGUUCUUGGAUCGCCUGAUCCGCUCUGAAGACGGGGAGGUGGCGUCCAGCCCCAGGCUGCAGUAUUACGACAAGGUGCUGCGUCUCCUCGACGUCGUCGGGCUGCCCGAGCUGGUCAUCCAGCUGGCCACGGCAGCGAUCACGGAAGCAGGCGACGACUGGAACGGCCAGGCCACUUUGAGGACGUGCAUCUUCAAACAUCACUUGGACCUGGGGCACAACAGCCAAGCGUACGAGGCCCUGACCCAGAUUCCCGACUCCAGCAGGCAGUUAGAUUGCUUGCGGCAGCUGGUCGUUGUCCUGUGUGAGCGCUCGCAGCUGCAGGACCUCGUGGAGUUUCCUUACGUGAACCUGCAUAACGAGGUUGUAGGGAUAAUCGAAUCACGUGCCAGGGCCGUGGACCUCACCACUCACAAUUACUACGAGCUUCUCUACGCCUUCCACAUCCACCGCCACAACUUCCGCAAAGCUGGCACGGUGAUGUUUGAGUACGGGACGCGGCUGGGCAGAGAGGUCCGCACGCUCCGCGGCCUGGAGAAGCAAGGCAACUGCUACCUGGCCGCCGUCAACUGCCUGCGCCUCAUCCGCCCCGAGUACGCGUGGGUCGUGCAGCCCGCCGCCGGCGCCGUGUAUGACCGUCCCGGGACUUCCCCCAAGAGGAGUCACGAUGGCGAGUGCGCGGCCGCCCCCGGUGCACGGCAGGUGGAGAUCCUGGAACUGGCUGACCUGGAGAAGGAGUGCGCGCUGGCCCGCAUCCGCCUCGUGCUGGCCCGCCACGACCCGGCUGCCGUCGCUGUGGCAGGAAGCUCAUCGGCGGAGGAGAUGGUCACUCUCCUGGUGCAGGCCGGCCUCUUCGACACCGCCCUCGCACUAUGCCAGACCUUCAAGCUGCCCCUGACGCCGGUCUUCGAGGGCCUUGCUUUCAAGUGCAUCCGGCUGCAGCUGGGCGGGGAGAACACGCAGGCCGAAGCCUGGUCCUGGCUCGCGGCCAACCAGCUGUCCUCCGUGGUCACCACCAAGGAGUCCAGCGCUACAGAUGAAGCGUGGCGACUGCUGUCCACAUACCUCGACACGUACAAGGUGCAGAACAACCUGUACCACCAGUGUGUGAUCAACAAGCUCUUGUCACACGGCGUGCCUCUGCCUAACUGGCUCAUCAACAGCUACAAGAAAGUCGACGCCGCCGAGCUGCUGCGUCUCUACCUGAAGUACGACCUGCUGGAAGAGGCCGUGGACCUGGUCUCGGAGUAUGUGGACGCCGUGCUGGGAAAAGGGCAUCAGUACUUCGGCAUCGAGUUCCCACUGUCCGCGACGGCCCCGAUGGUGUGGCUCCCAUACUCCGCCAUCGACCAGCUGCUCCAGGCGCUGGGGGAGAACAGUGCCAAUAGCCACAACCUCGCACUGUCUCAGAAGAUCCUCGAUAAGCUAGAGGACUACCAGCAGAAAGUUGAUAAGGCAACGCGGGACCUGCUCUUCCGGCUGAGCUUGUGAUUGCAGCCACGCUGUGGUGCCCGCGGGCCGUGCUGCAGGCAGCAUGGUGGCCAGCACGGCCCUCGCCGGCGCCCGCGUUGGGCCAGGGCAGGAGGUGGGCGCCCAGGCUCGCUGCAGGUGCUAAUGCCAUUCUGGCCUCCGCCUGGGUCUCACACAGCUGCUUCUGGGCUGUACACGGGUCACAGGCUUUUUUAGAGUUUAUAUUUUUUUAAACUACCGAAGAUGUUGUUUAUGUGCAGACGAGACCCCCCGCUCCCCGGCAGCGGCAGGGCUGGUCCGGCCUCGCUGAACAGCAGCAGGGGCGGCCGCUCCCAGCCUUUCCCGUGCCCAGGGGUCACUCUGGUCCAGAACUGACGCGUAUUUUCUAUACGGCAAACAGAGGCUAAUGGUUUUGCAUACUCUUCCUUUAUUUAUUGUGAAGUUUUUAUAUGAUCUUCAAUAAAGUACUAAUUUGCCUAGAGUAAAUGA